AUGGCCGUCAUGGGCUGGUCCGACCUCCCCUCCGAGCUCCUCACCGACAUCGCCGGUGGGAUCACCGAGCUCGCCGAUAUCGCUCGGUUCCGCUCCGUCUGCUCCUCCUGGCGAUCGGCGGCGCGGGCCGCCGCGGCCGCCCCGCCGCCGCAGCCGCCGUGGCUUCUCCUCCCGUCGUCCCCGUCCCGGCUCUUCUUCUGCCCCCGAGAGGACCGAAUCUACCCGAACCUCCGCCUGCCCCGUCCCGCCGCGGAGAUGCACCACCGCCGCCGCCGCCUCUACACGUCCCCGCAUGGGUGGACCCUCGCCUAUGACCCGACAGAUCUGGCUGCUUCCCUCGUCCACCCCUUCACCGGCGCUACCCGCCCGCUCCCGCCGCUCCCGGCCUUCUUCAAGGAGACCGACGACCUGGCCUGGGACUGGUCUCUGCACGGCGUCAUGGCGUCCUGCGGCGAGGGCCUCCUCUUCUGCGCCGCCGAUCCGACGACAGCCGCCUCCUGGGCCCCGAUCCCCGCCCUGGCCGAUUGCAACGCCAGCAGCAUCAACUACGCCGGCGGUCAGUUCUUCGUCUUCGAGGAGGACGUCUGCCGCACCACCAUCGUCGACGCGGCCACCCUUGCCGUCGCCGCCGUGAUCCCGGCCCCCGCCGUCGAGCUCCCCACCGAGGCGCGCGUCGCGGUCGCCGGCGACGAGCUCUUCCUCCUCGUCAAGUCCAAGUGGAUGUACCUCUUCGGCGCCGACGUCGACUUCUCGAAGGCCUUCCACGUCAACCACCGCGGCGUCAAUCCGGCCUGGCAGGAGCUCACAGGCAUCGGCGACCGUGCGCUGUUCGUCGAUUCCCUCCACGGGUUCGCAGUGCCGACGGCGGGGUUUGGCAAUCUUGAGAGCAACACCAUCUAUUCAGUGAGCAGCAACAACAGGCGUCCCACCACGGUGAACUACAGCGUGUCGGCAUUUAGCCUGGAGACCCGCAUCUCCAAGAAACUUGUGUGCAUGCUCAACGGCCGGGAGAUGGCGAAGCGUGGCGAGAAGCCAUCGUGGAUCGUACCGAGCUUGGAUGAGGUCUGA